ACCCAAUUUAUUUUCUCUCUGUUUUAGUUUCACCAUGACGCACCCUAUUCUUUUGCUUGGACUUCUAAUAGUAGCGUACGUUAGUGAUUCUCAAGCUGAAAAUGCCUUCUUACAAUAUUGGGAAGAGCAUAUUGGUCUUCCACACCCUCCACAUUGGUUUGUUGCAAAGGCUUCUCCCUUAAGUCUCCAUCAGGUGAUAAUGUUUAUGAAACUUAUAGAGGAAAAUGAAUUGGCUUUCCACCUGCGUUCAUUCUGUAUGCAGGCUAAUGUUGCUUGCUCUACAAAUGCAUUGAUGAAGAAGACAAUCUAUGACAAAACCCUGCCACCAAUAAUCCAAUGGAAGAAUCUCAAAAUGACAUAUGAAGGCCUUCCAAACAAAACACCAUUAUCGAUUGCCAGCCAAGGGGGAUUGCUAUUUUUCCGGGAGUCAAUGGUGAAAGAGGGAAAUUUCAUGUCUAUACCUGAUCUAAGGGACCCAUUGUCUUAUAAAUCAUUUUUGCCGCGUCCUUUAGCUUCAAAAAUCCCAUUUUCUUUUACACACAUCAAGGAAUUGAAGAAGAUUUUUGGUGUGAUGGAUAAUUCAAACAUGGAUGAGUAUAUUCAAGACACCCUCAAGAUAUGUGAGAAAAGCUGCAUUUGUGGCGAACAGUGCACCUGUGCGACUUCCGCCGAGGAUCUCAUCGAUUUUGUUGUCGAGAAAUUAGGGCACCAUGUACACAUAUGGAGUACUGAGAACGUUGAAGGAUCCUAUGAGAAUGUUACAAUUGGAGCUAUGAAACUAAUAUAUGGAAACCUCUCCGAACCACCAGCCUUAUGUCAUAGUCAACCAUUCCCAUUUCAAGUCUACUAUUGUCAUAUUUUAAAAACAGUAAAAAUAUAUGCAGUUGAUAUACAUGCUCGGAAGAAGGUGAAUCAUGCAAUCAUGGCAUGCCAUUAUGAUACAUCAACUUGGAAUCCAAACCAUCUUGCUUUCAAGUUGUUGGGUUUUGGUCCAGGCCUAAUUGAAGUGUGUCAUUGGAUAAACAAGAAUGGAGUGGUCUGGACAAAAACUCUAGAUUGAGAAGCAUUUGAAGAUUUGAUAGUUCUAUGAUAUGUGUUACAUGUAAC